AAUCCGCUGAGAAAACAACAACUGUCAUCAGAAAGAAGUUUCAAGUUUGUAAUUUUGUUGUUUAAUUUUAUCGUUUCCAGUGAUCAGUCAGUUUAUAAAUCUUAUUGUUUAAAGUAAUCAUACAUUACUACUAUUCUAACUAGUCUUCUGAAUUAUAUGUCAAAAAAUCACGCGAGCUACAAUGGAAAAUUAUGUCGCUUUAUUAUCUGAAACAGUGGCUCAGGGACAAGCUCACCAUUUAUUUCUUGAAUUUCUACUAAUAAUAUGGGUUUUAUGGCUAAUAUCGAAGAAAAACAAAAAAGAUGGACUUAAUUUGACCGAAUCUGAAAAAGAUGCACUUAUAAGGGACUUUGAACCGGAGCCGCUGGUGACAGAGGUUUCCUCCACACAUUAUGCACUAAAACCGAGAAUAGUUCGUGGAAAGGUAGGGAAACAUGUCAAUGUGGAUGGAGUGGAUUGUCUCAACUAUGCCACCCACAACUAUCUUGGCUUUAUAGGCGACCCAAAGAUAGAAGAAAAGGCUGUAAAAUCGAUAGAAAAGUAUGGUGUUGGCUCUUGUGGUCCCAGAGGCUUCUACGGUACAUCAGAGGUGCAUCUAGAGCUGGAACAGCGGCUGGCACAGUUCAUGGACAUGGAGGAUGCUGUUGUGUACUCGUACGCUUUCUCAACAAUCGCCAGUGCAAUCCCUGCAUACGCCAAAAGGGGAGACAUUGUUUUUGUGGACGAGAAAGUAAACUUUGCCAUACAGAAAGGUCUAGAUGCUUCAAGAAGUAUUAUAAAAUAUUUUAAACACAAUGAUAUGGAUGAUUUAAAUAGACUUCUGGAAGAAACAAGACAAGCUGAUUUAAAGAACACGAAAAAGGCAUCGAGAUCUCGGCGUUUCUUAGUAGUAGAGGGAAUCUACGCAAACACCGGUGAGAUUUGUCCACUUCCAGAACUAAUCGAGCUACGCAAAAAGUACAAACUGCGUAUCUUCAUUGACGAGAGUAUCUCAUUCGGAGUACUGGGGAAGACAGGCCGAGGAGUUACGGAGCAUUACGGAAUUGAUAAGGGGGAAGUAGACCUUGUUAUGGCCAGUCUAGAACACUCCCUGGCCUCGAUUGGAGGGUUUUGUGUUGGUUCCACCUUCAUCGUGGACCACCAGAGGCUCUCAGGCUUGGGCUACUGCUUCUCGGCGUCACUGCCUCCUCUGCUAGUGAUGGCGGCUAUAGAAGCUCUCAAGUGUAUUGAUGACCACCCAGAGCUGCUGGACAAGCUGAAGCAGUUGUGUCAGGUGAUGCACAACCGAUUGAACGCCUCUGCUGUCAUUGCCGAACAUUUCACUGUCAGUGGUGACCCGGACAGUCCGAUCCACCUGCUCGCCCUCAAGCCUCAUCACACCAACAAGCAAUCCCUCAUCAAUGACGUAGUCGAGUCGUGCCUUCAAGAACGGAAAGCGGUGAGUCGCGUUGCAUACUUGGAGCCUGGGGAUAUCUCACGUCCAACAGCUAGUCUGAGGAUUACUACAUCCGUGUUCCUCUCAGAAGAAUCCAUCGGUGACCUCGUGGACACUCUGGAGUCAGUCUGUCGCACAAGAUUGUCAGUCAUCUCCUAGUAUCUUCUACUUUGUCGACUACAUGUGUUCAUAAAACAAACUCUUCUCGUGCAUAAUCCAUUUUUAGUGAAUGGGAGCUUGGAUUUUUAUAUUAAUUUAUUGCAUUGAGAUAAAAAUUUAACUUCUACCAAUACUUGAAAUAUUAAUAAUUGUAGGAAUAAGUCCGAUCAAAUGUGAGAAAUAUAAAGGAAACUUGAUUGUUUGUCUUGACUAAAACAUGAUCAUCAUUAGAAUAAAUAAGAUGAAGAAUUAUUUGCAGUUUUAAGGUACCUGUUUUAGAUUAACUUUUCUUUAAAUUUUUAAUUUAAACUGUAACAUAAUUGCUUUUAAUGCAACACAUUAGGAUUUUUUAAUUUUCCAAAAUACAUGUUUGAUUUUAAAUCAAACAUACAUCUAAUGAACUUAAUAUACUUAAUAUUUAAUGUUAAGUUUAUAUUUAUAAUAAUUAUUUGUGUUUGUACUAUCCGCACAUAAUAACUGCACAUGUUGUUUCUUUUCCUUUAAAUCGUUCUUGUUUAUUUAUAAUUUGCAUGUUUUUGGAUUUAGAUAAGUUAAUGAAUUUUAUUUCUAUAUCUACAUAUGUAUACUCAAUAAUAUUUUGCUAUGUAUAUUUUUGUAUUUUUGAAAACUUUUCUUAUUUUACAUAUGUAAAACUGCACUCUAUGGUACUUUUGGGUUCAAUUACUUUUACAUUCAUUUAUUGGGUCGAUUUGUCUCUAUACUUGAAAGUUACCAAAUAUACAUAAUAAAUAAUAAACCCAAAGCUGUUGGAUGUUCUAGUCAAUUUCUUUUCAUUUUACAAUGCCGAGUUGAAGUAUCAGUUUUCUCAAUUAUGACAAUAAAGUAUUCAUAACAUUGUAUGCUUAAUUAUUGUAUGCAAUUUAAAAUUAAUCAGUUUUGAAUAUUUUUAUAUUUUAACCUGAUUAAGUUAUUUAUGACAAAAGUUUAGAUAGAUAGCAAUAUUAUACGUUAUAGAUGUGUCAGUAUAAGAUCUAUUCCACAAUAAGUACUAAAUUAUCAGUAUAGCGUGGAAAAUGUUUUACACAUUAAAUUAAGAUUUUAUUAUUUGCUUUGAAGCCAGAUGACAUUAUUAAAUUAACAACCGUUGAAAAUCUAUUGAGAUCUGUAUUGUUACAGGUCUUUAAUUAAAGUUUGAUAAUAUAAUGUUUCCUUUUGUAUUUUAUUUUAUUUUACAUCUAUAUUAAAAACCUAGUUUCGGAAGUUUACUUAACACUAUAUUUGUGAUAGUUUACAUUCUUACCAAUAACUUGUAGUUUAUGGCAAAUAAUUUGUAGGUUGUAUUUAGUAUUAUUAUUGAUUAUGUCACACAUAAUGACUUAUUGUGUUUAUUUAGUGCAUUGUAGUUUGUGGUAGAUAAUUAUGAAUUAUUACUUAAUAAUACAAUAUACCUUUAAAGGGGUUGAUUUUUCCAAUGAAAUAACUGUUUUAAACUUUAUAACCCAUUGAAUUAAAAUGUUUGUGUAUUCCAUGUGCAUUGACAUAUUGAAUAUUUUUUUACAUUUUUAAUUGCUUUAAUAAUUCUAUUGUUAAUCUUAUUUAUAAUAGUGUUAUGCUUCUGUUUGGUUUGUUUUCCACAGUUUGAGUAUUCUUUGUUAACCCCUUAGCUGCCGGGUUUACUCGAGCUGUCAGGUGUUUAUUGCAUCAGCUUGGAGCAGAGUUUUCAUCAUAUUCAUAACCCAUUUUCACUACUUAUGAAUCUUGAAAGACCAAUUAAUUGAAUACACAAUACAUAAAUCACUCUACUACAAUCACAAAAAAACCAGAGUAAGUACUUGUAAUGCAAGUGCAUUUGAUAUAAUCAUAGACUUGUUUGGUCACAAAAAUGCAGAGCGAGCCUCUUUAAUAAUGAGAAAACCGUAAAACAACCAGAAAGAACACUCCGAAAAAUAUACAAUGCUGGGUUGAACUAGUUGCAUCGUACAAUAUACGAAGUGGUUAAUUACUUAAUUGAAUGUUUGUAUUAUACUGUAAUAGUUUUAUCUAUAAAAACCAAAUAAUGACAUAUUUAUAAUAUUAAUUUUGUCUUCUAUUGUUGUUAAUUUAUCUUAUUGAAAGUCAGUGGUAAGCGUAAUUUUGUUACAAAAAAACUAACAUUAAUCAAGUUAUAAUUUUUGUCCAAUUACUAUAAAAUGUCUUUAGUGGUUAUAAUCGUGUGCAUGAUCAAUCAGUUUUGAAGUGUUUAUAUUUUAUAAUUAUAAAUAUGCUAUUUUGUUAAAUAAAAUAUAUAUUUCAAACAAA